UGCAUCAGGAAGGAAAGAAGCCCAGGGAUCUGACUGAACAAGUUUAACGCUCCAAAGAGAGGAAGAGGACGACAAGGAGGGGGAGGUGAAGGCAUUCCAACCAAUGGACUUUUAAUUAAGCCUCUUUUUUUUUUUUUUUUGGUCAACGUACAAGAAAUUGUAAGCUCCUAUCUGCCAAGUGCACGUUGGUAUCUCUCUGCUGUUUGCAUUCUGCUGGGCCCUCACAGGAUGUGUUACAAAUGAAUCCACUGCUUUGCAGCUAGCUGGAAUUGACAGAUUGUAAGGUGGGGGGGGGGAUAGAGAGAAGGACCGGCAAUAAUGCCAGGUUCAGCAGCUGCUCUCCGGCAAGAGCGGCUGAAGAAGCCAGGCGUGAGGCCAAAUACACCUGUUCUGUUUACCAUUAAUGAGGAGGAUGAGCAUCAAAAGAGCAACCAUUCCAAGAGAUCAAAAGUAUCCGAAAACUCUAAAGUACCAGACAAAAAGGCUGUCCCAUCCAGCUGGCCCUCUUCUGCCCUUUUAGGACAGGGCACUAAUCCUGCAGGAGCCAAGACAGCACUAAAAGUUGAUGAAAGACAACGACUGGCCAGAGAACGAAGAGUAGAACAGGAAAAGCUUUUAGCAGCGAGAGAAGCUGCUUGGCUAGAAAAAGAGGAGAGAGCAAGGCAACAUUACGAAAAACAUCUGGAGGAACGUAAAAAGAAAUUAGAAGAGCAGAGGCUAAAGGAAGAAAGAAGACGAGUUGCAGUAGAAGAAAAACGGAAGCAGCGAAUAGAGGAGGACAAGGAACGACAUGAAGCUGUUGUACGCCGCACAAUUGAGAGGAGCCAGAAACCAAAAGAAAAGCAGAGCAGGUGGUCCUGGGGAAGUACGCUUCAUCGUAGCAGCAGCGUUAAUAAUGCAGGUUAUUUUGUUGAACCAUCCUUCACCCUUCUCGAUUUAGCAGGCUUGGAGUACCACUUCAAACCUCUGGGUGGUGCUAGAAAACUCGAUCCAGACAGGCGAUCUGUUUCAACAAUGAACCUUUCGAAACAUGUUGAUCCAGUCAUUAACAAGCGGCUCUCCUCCUCAUCUGCAACAUUACUAAAUUCUCCAGACAGAGCUCGACGUAUGCAGCUAAGUCCAUGGGAAAGCAACAUGGUUAGCAGGCUUCUGACCCCAACUCAUUCAUUCUUAGCCAGGAGUAAAAGUGCAGCAACUUUAUCUGGAGAUGCAGUUAUCCCCAUUUGUCCUCGUUCAGCAUCUUGCAGCCCAAUCAGCCCUCUCUCCUUCAAGGCCAUAAGUUGCCACAGUCCAGCAGACCGAGCAAAACUGUUUGGCAUAGCUCCUGAGGUUAGACGGCGAAGGACCACACAUUCAGUUGGGAGUAGCAGAAAAGGAAAGGAAAGAGGACUCUCAUCAACUAAUCCUUCAUCUGGUAAAAGAAGAACUCGUUCACCAUCUGCCUUCAGAAAUAAACCAGCUGCUUGGCAUGCCUCCAGAUCAAUGCCUGCCCUGCCAGGAACACCCAGAAAGAUCAUUUUGCUAUCUGGAUCUUCCAAAACACCUUCCAUUCAAGCUCGCCCUCCUUCCCCUGGCAACAUUCGUCCAACAAAACAUGGGAAAAAGGGGACGUUGAAGGAAUCUGAGAAGAUACUGGAACAAAAGUCAGACCCUAAAAAAACAGCUUCAAAUCCCAGAGUAGCUACAAUUGAAGAGUCCUGUAAACCAGAGUUUACUCAAAGUCCUGUUCCAGUUCUGCCCUCUGUUCCUUCAGCAGCUUCACCAUCUCCCAUCUGUAGCAAAUCUUCAGCAGGGACAACAAAUCCAGAAGAAGCAACCCGGGUGCUUAGUGAAAAAAGGCGACUCGCCCGGGAGCAACGAGAACGGGACGAGCAGCAAAGAAAGGAGCAGGAAGAGAUUGAAAGACAAAAGAAGGAGGCCUUGGCGCAGAAGAUUGCUGAGGAAAGAGAGCGUCGAGAGGAGGAAGCUCAGAAGCAGGAGGCAGAAAGGAAGCAAAAAGAAGCAGAACAGGAGCAGGAGGAGGAAGAGCUACGCCGCUUGGCUGAAGAAAAGGAGGAGAAAGAAAGGAGGGAAAUGGAACUCCUUCAGAAGCAGAAGGAAGAGGAAACUCGGUUACGAGAAGACCAGAUUCGACUGGAGCGUGAAAAACAUUUCCAGAAAGAAGAACAAGAGCGCUUAGAAAGAAAGAAGAACCCAUUGCAGCCAAACUUCCAAAUCAUGCGUCUUGAGGAAAUUAUGAAAAGAACUAGGCGAUCAGAACCUGUGGAAAGAAAAUCAGAUGAGCAGCAGAAUGGAGUGAUAGCAAAAGAAAUAGUGAGCGGCCCUACACCUCCGUUAAGCCCUGUAAUGGGUUCUCAGGUUCAGUGUAUGGCAGAAACUCCACGCAAUGGGGAAAUGGUACUUCACACACCUGUGCUCAUUUCUCACCAGCCCAGAGUAAACUUAGACAGUAAUCUCAAUCCACGAAAAUAUUCAAAUGAAAAUGGAGUAUCUACACAGGAUGAAAACUUUGAAGAGCUCAUCAGUUUACCCAUGGGAAUAAAACCUCCCAGAUUGGAUGCCAUGAGUCCUGAAGAGAAAGAUAGCUCUGAUAUUCCUUUGACUCCCAUCUUGGCCUUUGAAGAGAAUGGGGCACGAGGGUCAUUGCCUCAGGUAGACAAUGUUCAAACGCCUCAGAGAGCAGAAGUUGUCUGAGAUCUCAUGAAUUAUUAUCAAAGGCGAAGAAAAGGCCUUCUGAAGCCAAUGGGAUUCCUUCCAUGCUAUGAAGGAGUGUUAUAUUUUUUGUCACUCUUGAAUUUUCUAAAGAUUUCUUGGAUGCUUUCCUUUUUUUUUUUUUUAAAGAAAACAAGUAGUAAAACCAGCAGAAGAAUAUAUUGGAAAUAGAUUUGGAUUGCCUUACUAUCACUAGAACUCACUACUAGGGGAGAAUUGUGUCUUCUGUUUCAAAAACUGCUUCAUAUAGCAUAAUUGAUAUUUUCAGCAAUUCUUGAAGAAAAGGGUAACUAGAUUAACAAUAACAGGAUGAUUGGGAUAAUGAACCUGUUGGUUUUGUCUUGUUUUAAGGAUGGGUAGUUUUAAAAGGCACACUGUAAAAUCAGCAAAAAAUCUUACAUUUUACUGAUUCAAUACUUGAAAAGUAAACACCUCACUGCUCUACAGGGAGGGGCUUUAGGGGUGGUUUUUUUGUUUUGUUUUGUUUAAACCUGUUGGUUUAAAUAUUAUUGCAGAGAACUAUUAAUUAUGGGGGCAAAAUAUAGGCUUCUGUAUCAGGUUCUUGUAAAUGUAAUUCCUAAAUGGACAUUCUGUAUAUUUAGCCAUCACUAUGCUCUUCUCACAUUUUCUUUUACAAAUAAAAUAACAUGACAGGUUUUAAAAUGUGAAAAAAAAAUUGAAAGCAUUAUUUUUUCAUAGGUGAAAUGAAAAAAAAAGCCUAUUGUAUCUUAGAUAAUGUAUUUAUUAAUUUUGUUGAGUACAAAAUAAACAAUAAAAAACGUGGCUAUAAUUAACAA